AUGCGCUCUCAGCGGCUCUCCUCCGUCUCCUACGCUACGCUUUCCCGCCGUCCCAGCGUACGGCACCGCGCGAGCUGGGGUGUGCUCAAGAGCCAAGACGAAGCUCCGAUCGCCGAAGCUCCAGGCGGCGGGACGAGCACCUUUGGUCAGAGUCUGUUCAAUUGCAUCGCUAUUUUGUUGGGUGUUGGCGUGCUCAGCGAGAGUGUGGCGUUCACGUAUGCUGCGUGGAUCGGGGGGUUCGUUUUGCUUGGAACCUAUGGCAUUCUGACAUACUACACCGCGAAGAUCCUUGUCAGAAUCAUGGCACUCGAUGUGCGCAUCAAUUCCUAUGCAGACAUCGCCAGAGUUGCCUUCGGUCCGAGGAGCAUCUGGCUCACCAUCUCUAUGUUCUGCCUCGAGCUGUUCACUCUUUCGGUGAUCCUCGUUCUACUCUUCUCCGAUACGCUGCAUGAGCUUGUCCUUAGCAUCUCUAGCGACAUGUGGAAGAUCAUCGGCUUGGCAUUCGUUCUUCCCACCUGCUUCCUUCCCCUCAACCUCCUCGCCUUCACCUCCAUCCUCGGCAUCCUCAGCAUUGUUCUUCUCGUCUCCACAGUUCUGAUCAAUGGAUUUUCGAUCACCUCUACUCCCGGGUCGCUUCUCCGCCCAGCCCCCACUUCCCUCCUCCCGGAUUGGCCGCGUCUACCCAUCGCCUUCGGCCUGCUCAUGGACUUGUGCAACCCAGAAAGGUUCGACAGCAUGAUCACCUGGGCAUACGUGAUCGCCACUGUGCUCUACGGCGUGAUCGCCAGCGCCGGGUACCUUAUGUUCGGAAACGCAGUGAGUGAUGAGGUGAGCAAGGAUCUUGUCAACACUCCGGGGUAUCCGAGGUGGUUGAACAUCGUGAUGGCCGUGGGACUCGUGAUCAAUCCUCUGUCCAAAUAUGCGCUGUGCACGCGCCCGCUGAGCACAACUAUAGAGUCACUGCUUGGCAUCGGCAACAUGUCCGUUGGGGCGGAUCCACACACGUCCGCGGCCGAUUCCUCCGAUCCCAAGUCGUCGGGUCAUAAACGGCUGCUCACUAAACAAACGCUGUACAUCGUCCUCACGCGCGUCGUCCUAUCCCUCGUCGUUGUCCUCACCGCCAUCCUCAUUCCUUCAUUCUCCAUCGUCAUGUCCUUCCUCGGUGCGUUCAGUGCCUUUCUCCUCUGCGUGAUCGGCCCUGUCUGUGCAAAGUGUGCCGUGGAGGGAAGGUGGAAGUGGUACGAUGUCAUCAUCCUCGUCGUGGCAUCCUCGAUGGCAAUAUCCGGCACGAUCAUGGGAUUCUGGACUUCUUGUCUAAACGAAGCGUAA